AUGCAACUGCUCAUCCUCCUCCUGCUCUACGCCGUCGUCUGUGCGAACUUCUGCAGCCGUCAGGGCACCACCGCCCCUGCCCAGAGCGGAUCUAUAAAAGCCCUGCGGGCUUCCAACAUCAGGCGAGAUGAGAGCAAUCACCUCACAGACUUGUACCGAAAGGAGGAGACCAUCAGCGUGGCAGGGAACGGCUGCAUCCACAGUCCUCGCUUCCCCAGCAGCUACCCCAGGAACCUCCUGCUGACGUGGCGCCUCCACUCCCCAGAGAGCACCAGGAUCCAGCUGGCUUUUGAUAAUCAGUUUGGGCUGGAGGAACCCGAAAAUGAGAUCUGCAGGUAUGACUUUGUGGAAGUGGAAGAUGUGUCAGAGACCAGCACAGUUAUUCGAGGACGGUGGUGUGGACACAAGGAAGUGCCUCCAAGAAUAACAUCAAGGACAAAUCACAUAAAGAUAACCUUCAAAUCUGAUGACUACUUUGUGGCUAAACCUGGAUUCAAGAUAUGUUACUCUCUAGUGGAUGAUUUCCAGCAUGCAGCCUCAGAAACCAACUGGGAGUCAGUCACAAGCUCUGUCUCAGGGGUAUCCUAUCCCUCUCCAUCAGUGACUGACCCUACGCUCACGGCGGAAGCCCUGGAUCAGACCAUCGCCGCCUUUGACACGGUGGAGGAUCUGCUCAAACACUUCAACCCGGACUCCUGGCAAGAAGAUCUUGAGAAUCUGUACACAGACAGUGGCCACCAUUAUCGAGGCAGGAGCUACCAUGACAGGAAGUCCAAAGUUGACCUGGACAGGUUGAAUGAUGAUGUGAAGCGUUACAGCUGCACUCCAAGGAACUACUCUGUCAAUUUAAGGGAGGAGCUGAAGCUGACAAACGUCGUUUUCUUCCCCCGCUGCCUCCUUGUCCAGCGCUGCGGCGGAAACUGUGGCUGUGGCACUCCAAACUGGAAAUCCUGCACCUGCGUGACAGGGAAAACUGUGAAAAAGUAUCAUGAGGUGCUGAAGUUUGUCCCUGAGGCUGGGCAUACCAGAAAAAGAAGCAGAAUCAGGAACAACAUGUCCUUGGUAGACAUACAGCUGGAUCACCAUGAGCGUUGUGAUUGUGUCUGCAGUUCAAGACCACCCCGAUAA